AUGGCCAAUACGACGGCACAAUCGUUCAUAGCAGGUGCUAGUCCGGUAUCUGACGGGCUAGGCCUCUUAUUGAUUCAGAUCAUCUUGAUUCUCGGUAUAAGUCGCUUGAUCUCCAUACCUCUAACAUACAUCCGCCAACCACGUGUCAUAUCCGAAGUCAUUGCUGGCAUAGUCCUCGGUCCAACAGCUCUUGGACGAUGGACGUGGUUUUCAAGCACGUUCUUUCCAACGACAAGUGUCAAUUUCUUGAACGUCUUGGCUAAUCUGGGUUUGGUGCUCUUCUUGCUCUUAAUGGGUCUUGAACUGGAUUUGAAUAAUGUGAGAUCGAGGGCUAGAAGUAGUGCUGCUAUUAGUCUGACUGGCUUUUGCACGACUUUUUUGUUUUCGCUUGGUGUCUCUCGUGUGUUUUAUCUCUAUAUACCUGGAAACGAUGGGCAAAAUUAUGGAUACUUUUUACUCUUUAUUGGUGUUUGCAUGUCAGUUACGGCAUUCCCCGUCUUGGCUCGUAUAUUGACAGACCGCAAACUACUACGAACACCUGUCGGUGUCACCGUAAUAGCCGCUGCAGCUCUAGAUGAUGCACUAGGAUGGACAUUCCUAGCUCUCGUGGUAUCCUUGAUCAACGCAUCAACACCACUGACAGCUCUAUGGGUGUUUCUCGUUGGUCUGGCAUUCGCAAUCUUCAUGUUGACCGUGAUGCGAUUGUCUGUUGCCAGAUUGUUUAGAUGGUUUGCUGGUGGCAAUAGAGAUAUCAGUCCAUCCAUGAUGGUGGUUGCUUUUGUCUUGUGCUUUGCUGCCGCUUGGUUUACCGAUGCGCUGGGUAUUCAUCCCAUCUUUGGUGCUUUUCUUACUGGAUUAUCAUUGCCACGAGACAAUGGAUUCAACGUCAAACUCACUGAACGUAUUGAAGACCUAGUCACCAUCGUAUUACUACCUCUAUACUUUACAUACUCUGGUCUCAAAACCAACAUCUCUACAUUGAAUGGAAUGAGCCUCGCAUACCUCUUGCUCGUCAUGGUUGGAGUGUGUCUUGGAAAGAUUGGUGGUUGUAGUACUGCUGCUCGAUUAACAGGAUUGCCAUUGCGAGAAGCAUUGUCUGUUGGUGUUCUUAUGAAUACCAAAGGACUGGUCGAGUUGAUUUUCCUCAAUAUUGGACUAGAUGCUGGUAUCAUCAGUCAACAAACGUUUGCUAUAAUGGUCUUACUUGCAAUUCUUACAACUAUGAUGACUACCCCCCUGGUUUCAUGGAUCUAUCCACCUCACGUUCAAACCUUCUUUAAUGACAAGAAUGAAAUCGUAGAAUCUACCGAAGACAUGAGCAAGCAAUCGGAUUAUCCAUUACUGCUAUGUCUCACGCAGCCGACUGUAGUACCGUCGAUGAUGUCGCUAUUGACACUUAUACGACCAGAGAGUCCCUUCGCAAAUGUAUUCCGACGACGCAGUUUAUCACCUCGAAAUGAUCUUAAAGAUCUGGCUGUCUCUACGCAACAAACACCAAUCCAUGUCGCUCGUCUUAUAUUAGACUCUGAUAGGAUGUCGAGUACUAUGAUUGCUGCUGCUGAUCCUUUAUCAGCUGCUCAAUUUCAUGAUGCCGCAUUGGGUGUUUUUGCAACAUUCGCAGCCCUGCGUGGCAUCCCAAUCAUUCCUCACAUUCUAGUCAGCAAACCAGGCCAGUUUGCGGAAGAUGUCGGAGAUGCUGCAUAUGACAAUGCCUGUGGAAUGGUAGUAGUUCCCUUCAAGCCAUUCACCAGUAUUCCGACUCGUGCACGAGCUAGCAGCUCUCACCCAAUGCCACCUCAAUCACCAGCCACACCAUCCAAUCGUCGUAUCAGCGGACCAGCUUGGUUGUCCACCUUCCAGCCUCAUUCACCUGGACACCACACUUCCUUUGCUUUGCCUUACUCUGCCAAGGAAACCGAUACUGAUUCAUCAAAGGAUGAAGAGCUCAGCUUCACUGAUGAUCUCGCUCUUCAACUAGUACGACGUCUAAAGAGUCGAGUUGGAGUGAUUGUAGAUAGGACCAACUUAGACGAAACAACAACAGGUGUAUGGCCAGGACGUAAGACAGGUGGUGAAUUGGAUGUAUUGGCUGUAUUCUAUGGCGGUCCUGACGAUCGUGAAGCUUUGAGUAUUGCAUUACGUUCAGCUUCUGCUGGCAGUUGCAAUCUCAAGAUACUUGUGAUCGAGGAUGGUACUCAGGACGUGUCACGCGAGCGUGAUGAAUCCGCUACUGGAAGUGAGGCAAGCAAAUUAGCUGCUGCCAGUGAAUCUUCGGAUGGUGGAGUAGAUGGAUCAGCAGACAUAAACGUAACUGUCACUCAACAAGUACCUUCAGUCUCGGGACCAGCAGUCACAGCCCUGACUGAUCUCUUCCGUAAGUCAUCAACAGCCUCCAAUAGGCCAUCAGAUGGUAACAUGUCGUACCGAAAAUUGUCAUCUGGGUUUGCUGCUUUGGCUGCUAAAAACAACAACCAGCCUACUCGUGCCUCUGCAUCUCGAUCCCGUCACGAAGGACAAGAUGAAGAAAUCUUGAAUCGUGCUCGUGCAUUGGCUUCAAAUCCACUAGAAUCUGCUGAUGGCUCUGAACGUCCUUCUCGGGUGACUAUCGUCACUGUCGUAUUGACUCCUGAAUACUCAGAUCCUAUCGAGCCUGUAUUGGAACAGAUCAAGGCUGAUGAUCCCUCCAUGGUCAUGCUAGGACGAUUCGGAUAUGGAUGGAACACUGCCUUGUCUCACUCUGACCAAAUGUUGAGUGCUUCUGAACGUACAUAUGGGUAUGGAAACACUAUUGGAUCGCUAGGAGACUUGAAGGAUGCUGAAUUCGCAUCGCUUGGCCGUAUGGAUUCUGCGGAUCCUGUGUUGCCAGUCACACCAGAUGUCAAUCCACGAUCCAAGCAAUUACGUGUUGAUACCAAGGGCAAAGAUGGUGUUAGCAAGGCUCGAAUGAGUAUCAUUAAAGAGGUGCUGAGUCCUAUUGGAGCUCGUAUUGUGUUGGACAAUGUUGGGCGAUGCUCCAUCUUUACCGUUCGAAAGGUCCGAAUUCCUCGUGGUGGAGUUACAACAUAG